CGCCAUCCAACUAGUCAUUUGUGCGACCACGCAUCGACCCGUCCCGGUUUACCCGGAGAAGGUCUUCGAUUGACAAUUUGGAUUAUUCGUCUAAUGAGUCUGGGCGUCCGGUGACCGAGCCGGCAUGGGUGGCUGCCUGUCGAAGGAUUUGAAAGUUGAAGCUCAGGACAUCGGUGUCAUGGGUCAGACCAACUCUCAAAAUGUGCAACGUGGAGUGACGCCCCCCAGCCACCAGACGCCAUCCAGAAAUGGCGGCCCGGCCGGCGGUGGUCACGUGCGCAGUGACGUCAUUCGUACCGCCAGCUCAGUCGGACUGCGCCACCCGAGCUGCUGCCGAAUGGGCUCGGCCGCCUCCCUCAGGACGAACCGGAAGGGCUCGCGGGCCUCGCCGCAGGGCCCGCGUUCAGGCGGCGGGGGCACACCGACUCGCGGCAGCCCCAUGGUGGUGCGCGCCCUCUACAACUACGACAGCCGCGUCAGCUCCGACAUCAGCUUCAGGAAGGGCGACCGCAUGCAGCCGGUGGCCGAGGGCAACACGGACCCGGACUGGCUCAACGUGCAUCACCUGGCCACGGGGCUGACCGGAUUCGUGCCCCGCACCUAUGUGGCCACCGAAGAGUCGGUGGAGAGUCAGGACUGGUUCUUCCCCCGGAUAUCGCGGAAGGAGUCGGAGACGCUGCUGCUGAUGCCGGAGAACCCCCGCGGAACGUUCCUGAUCCGGCAGUCCGAGCGCGUCGGAGGCCUCUAUUCACUUUCAGUACAGGACUGGGAGCCCCAUCGAGGGAAGCACGUCAAGCAUUACAAGGUCAGAGUGCUGGACGAGGGCGGCUACUACAUCUCCGUGCGGAACAGCUACCCCUCACUCCUGGCUCUCAUCGACGCUUACAGCCAGGACUCCAAGGGACUUUGUCAUGUGCUGACGCAACCAUGUCCAAGGCGAAAACCUCAAAUGUGGGACCUCUCGCUAGAAACGAAGAACCACUGGAUGGAGAUCGACAAAUCGGAGAUUACAAUGAAGAGGGUGCUUGGCUCAGGCAAUUUCGGCGAAGUGUGGUAUGGACUCUGGCGGGACAAGACGGAGGUGGCCGUGAAGAAGCUCAAGCCCGGCUCCAUGUCGCCGCAGGCCUUCCUGGAGGAGGCGCAGAUCAUGAAGUCGUUCAGGCACGAGCGGCUGCUGGCGCUCUACGCCGUCUGCUCGUCGGAGGAGCCGAUCCUGAUCGUGACCGAGUACAUGAGCCGCGGCAGCCUGCUGGACUUCCUGCGUAGCCCCGAGGGCCAGCAGUUCGGGUUCCCCGACCUGCUCUACGUGUCGUCACAGGUGGCGAGUGGCAUGGCGUACCUCGAGAAGAAGCGGCUCAUCCACCGCGACCUGGCGGCGCGCAACAUUCUCGUCGGGGAGGGCAACGAGGUCAAGAUCUGCGACUUUGGCCUGGCCAGGGCGAUUGAAGACAACGAGUACUGCCCGAAGCAGGGGGCCAAGUUUCCGGUCAAGUGGACUGCACCUGAAGCCAUCAUGUACAACAAGUUCACCAUAAAGUCCGACGUCUGGUCGUUUGGUGUGCUGCUGAUGGAGAUCGUGACGUACGGCGCCGUGCCGUAUCCAGGUAUAACCAAUCGGGACCUGGUAAUGCAACUGAUCCGUGGCUACCGCAUGCCGCGGCCUACCGACUGCCCGGAAGCUAUGUACGAAAUCAUGCUGAAAGCAUGGAACCUGGAGCCCAUGUCGCGGCCCACCUUCGAGUUCCUGGUGCAGUACCUGGAGGACUUCGACUGCAGCGGCGAGGCGCCGUACCGGGAGGCCCCCGAGUAGCCUCGGCCGGUUCCGGAGCGCCGCGUGACCGGCCGUCUGCCGCCCGAGUCGGGGCGGGCCGCCGCCGGCGCAGACCUGGUUCCGCGCCGUCUCGUGGCGCAGGAGCGACCGCGACGCGGCCGGUGACACCGCGGAGCGACGGGCGCCGAUCUCAGUCGUGGACCGCGCGGCGUGCGCCGG